AACACGGGCUGUCUGAAGAAGUGCGUUUCAUUUUCAAGGGCCUGCGUUAAACACAGCUGUAGCCCUUGGGUGUGCUGCGCUUCCGUAACGCUUAAAAACGGCUCGCCUCAGGCGGCUCGCCUUUAUCGAUUUCACUGGCCGGUAAAACACCGCAACAGUUGAGUUUUUAGUUGAAGCGCAGUUUUUUUUACACGCGCUCUGCUUUUAUAUCAAAAACGCAUUCAACCGCCGUAACGGUUUAUUGGUUAUAUUUGCAUGCACGGACGAGCCGAUCAUCUUUUGUUUGCAUUGAUGUUAGAGGACUCAAGCUCUCUGGGAGAUCAGUUUCAUUGAAUGCAGAACGCUGGUCCAUCUGAACCCAGAUCUUCUGGUGGGUUUGACCCUUUAUUGUAUACAUGGACUAAGUGGACAACCGUAAAACAUCCCCAACUUUUAGACAUUCGGACACCAACGGUUGCAUCAACAGUAGAUCUAGGUAUUUGGCCAAUUCUGGCUGCAGCUGUAUGCCGCAUGCUCAGGUGAUGUUACCAGUUCAACCGGGCCAACUGUGAGAGGACCAUUUCCCUCAGCCAUGUCUACCUUUGAGAUGACCUGGCCUCCGGGCACUGAGUGUGUGGCCAGGUACAACUUCCCUGGAUCGACAGACCAGGACUUGCCUAUGUGCAAAGGAGAUGUCCUAACGAUUAUUGGAGUAACUAAGGACCCAAACUGGUACAAAGCUAAAAACUCAGUAGGACGAGAGGGUAUCAUACCAGCAAACUAUGUUCAGAAACGAGAAGGUGUGAAGUCAUGCGGUAAACUGAGUCUUAUGCCAUGGUUCCAUGGAAAGAUCACCCGUGAGCAGGCAGAGCGACUUCUCUAUCCCCCAGAGACGGGCCUCUUCCUGGUGCGUGAGAGCACCAACUACCCCGGCGACUACACCCUGUGUGUCAGCUGCGACGGCAAGGUGGAGCAUUACCGCAUCAUCUACCACAACGGCAAACUGUCCAUCGAUGAGGAGGAGUACUUUGAAAACCUCAUGCAGCUCAUGGAGCACUACACUAACGAUGCAGAUGGACUCUGUACCAGACUCAUCAAACCUAAACUUAUGGAGGGGACUGUGGCAGCCCAGGAUGAAUUCUCAAGAAGUGGCUGGGCCCUGAGUAGAAAAGAACUGAAGCUUCACCAGACUAUUGGAAAGGGAGAGUUUGGAGAUGUGAUGGUCGGAGAUUACAGAGACAGAAAAGUAGCAGUGAAGUGUAUCAAACAUGACGCCACAGCACAGGCCUUUGUUGCAGAGGCUUCUGUAAUGACGCAAUUACGGCAUAAUAACUUGGUACAGAUGUUGGGGGUGAUCGUUGAGGAGAAGGGCAGUCUCUAUAUCGUCACUGAGUAUAUGGCCAAGGGUAGUCUAGUGGACUAUCUGCGCUCAAGAGGACGUACUGUUAUUGGUGGAGAUCGACUCAUCAAUUUCUCAAUGGAUGUCUGCAAGGCGAUGGAAUAUCUUGAAGACAAUAACUUUGUGCACAGAGAUCUGGCAGCUCGUAAUGUUCUAGUGUCAGAAGACAAUAUGGCGAAAGUCAGUGACUUUGGCCUCACCAAGGAGGCAUCAUCUACUCAAGACACAGCCAAACUCCCGGUUAAGUGGACUUCACCUGAGGCUUUAAGAGAGAAGAAGUUUUCCACUAAGUCAGACGUAUGGAGCUAUGGCAUAUUACUGUGGGAGAUCUAUUCCUUUGGUCGGGUACCAUAUCCAAGAAUUCCUCUGAAGGAAGUGGUCCCACGUGUAGAGCAGGGUUAUAAGAUGGAUGCCCCAGAUGGCUGCCCAGCCGUGGUGUAUGACAUAAUGAAGCAGUGCUGGACUCUGGACCCAGUGGUGCGACCCAGCUUCAGAGAGCUGAGAGAGAAACUGCAACAAAUCAUAACCAAUUAGCUCUACCGAUAGAAGACGGAGGGAGGCUCAAACUUAAAGAAGAACACACUUGCCUCCACAGGACCAUUCUCAUGCAAUCUGACCAAAAUUGACUCUUAAAGCCGUGGACUUGAAAAACAUGAGCAUACAUUUAUUUUGCAUUGCAUUCUUUAUUUCUGUUUUGCCUUAUGUUUCCAUGCCUUGAUUUUCUUAAUUGUUUUUGGGGAGGCUGGCCUUCUCUACAACAUCACAACAUCACAGAUCUUCAGCCUCCUCUGAUAUCUCCUCAUACACUUUCUGAUUGUGGACUGCUGAUUGGUUUAUACUGCCUUCUUUAUUUACCCGCCCAAGCAAACGACAAUUUGCUUUAAUGGUAAAAAAAAAAUAUGUCCCGACAAGACAUUCAAAUUACACCGCUGGUUUGGCUGUGAAAUCUUAUAACCAAAAAAGAAUAAUUGGCACUUAUGGUAAGGUCCAAGACCUGUUUUGGGUCAUCCCAAACCUAUGGUAUGUUUGUAGUUACAGUAGCCAGUGGCAGCACAGGAUGAGGGUAGAGGGGUGACCUUAUUGGUCUCCAGUAAGUUAUGUUUAAGGGAUCAAAUGUUAAUAUCUUAAUGAUUUGAAGUUCCACCAGAAGUGUAAUUUGUGUGAAGACUCAACCCAACCCACCUUUGCAAGUUUCUUUGGACACAAUGUUAUUAUUUGUGUCCAGGCAAAUAUGUUUAGCAAAAGUUAAGGUUUAACUAAAUGGAGUUAUCAGAAUAGAGUUUUUUUUUUCAGUGUUACAGUGCCUUUACGCCACAGGAUUUGUUUUGCGCCAAAGCUUGUUAUAAAUUUCUUAAUACAUAGUUUAAAAAGCUCUUGUAAUUCCUGCUAUCUUCCUUUUUUCUUCCCAAAUAGAUUUGUCUGACACUCGGACAUGACGCGAGAUACUGUAGAGAUGAGCGUUAAAGCAAUCUCUUCCUUGUGAAUGUGUUUUUGUCCUAGCCUGCCAUGACUGCAACAAGCAAUAUGACAUUUUGUUGGUUGGAUGAUUUCUAUUUCGGUGAUGUUGCACUGGCUAUCUCCAACACACUUGAGUCUCAUUGGUCCAAAAUCCGUCUACACAUCACUGUAUAUUAAACAUCAAAAAUGUUCAGACUGGCUUUGAAUGUGUCAAGUCAUACAGCAUUUUACUUUAAGUGUGGACAAACAAAUUAAUUGCAUUGUGCUUGGUUAGGACACGGUGUGAUCCUCAAAACUGGAAAGGAUGAAUAUAAAUAUUCUAGGCCAUAAGUUGCCUUUAAACAGCAAGAGCCGAUGGCUUAGGUAGAAGUGAGAAACCAUAGGUCUAAAAUGACAAAAAGCUGGUAAGAAAACUAUACAGGCCAAAAAAACAGAUUUGAGAAAUAUUUGUUAUACAUCACAGACCUAUUUUUUGCGGAGGAAUGUGCAUGCUGUUACUAGCCUUGAUUUGACUUGCAGUGCCUUUCAUUUCUUUUCUUUGCUGCCAUAUUUCCGAUAAAAUCAUUCCACCUGAAAAGUUUGAUGAAAACAAAAGAUAAACAACAAAAAAAUAAAAAGGCUGGGGAAAAGUCAUUCUUUGAAUGUU